GAUUAAACAAUAAUUAACGAUCAUCAUCAAUUUAGUCAAUUAUCUUUACGUGAAUAUCAUGUAGGUGGAUUAGAAACUGAAAACCAGUGAAUGAUUGUUAAGGUUAUUGGUCUGUGUAAGUAUUGGAUUAUGUGGAUUUGUGAUGUUUUUUAUUCUAUUUGCCUGUUAUCCAAUCUAUUAAAUUGUCUCCCCUUAAGGUUAAUCAUAAUGAUGAUCGUGAUGAUGAUGAAGAUAAAAUAUCUCGUGUGACAAUAUCCAUAUUCCUAUGACAACCAAUUGACUGGAUUAUCGGUUUAUUUUAAUUCUUUUCCAUCAUUUAUUAAUCUUCUUCACUAAUUUAUUCUAUUCUCUUUUCUCUUUUCCCUCCAUUUUUAUUUUCCUUUCUUUGUCCAAUCUAAUGUUUCUCUUUCCCCUUCAGUAGUUAACCUCUUUCUCUCUCUCUCUCUCUCUCUCUGUCCUAUUAAUCCCCCGAAAAAAAGGUAUCGACAAGAAUAUCUUCUGUUUUCGCCGGAUCAUCUUCUUAAUCACUUGUUAAUUGUUAUAUUUAAUUAACUUCUCUUCCAUCUUAUUGUGUCUUCUCCCGCUGAUUUCACUUAUCAUCUUUUAGCCGUUGGUUUAGAUUUUCUAUUCUCUUUUCGCCAUCUUGAUUAUUUCUUCCCCAUUUUCUAUUCUUCUUUUUUCCCCUUCUUCUUGUUUCUCAUCAAAACGACUAAUUGGUUACACAAGAUUGAGAAUUUUAAUUGAUUUUACAUCGAUCACAAUGGCUCUUUACUGUACAUUACCUCGUGGCGGUGGAUCUUAUUACCAUUCAUCGAUUCAUUCACCAUCAGAAUCAGGAUCAGGAUCAUCACCAUCAUCUUCCUCUUCAACAAUAACAAGUGAUUCAUCUUCCAUAUUAACAAGACAAGGAACAAUUGGAAGCAAUUAUAAUCAUUCAAUUAAUCCAAGAUAUCAACAUCUACAAUCAAUUAAAACAAUGUUUAACAAUAUUAAUUCAAUCCAACAACAACAACAACAGGGAACCUCAUCAUCAUCAUCUCACCAUAAUAAUGAAAAUUUAAACAGUGAGGAUAAGAAAAGUUUAAUUAAUACAAACAAUCAUUGUGUUAAUUAUCAAGAUUAUCAACAACAAUAUAAUCAAAAAAUUGGUGAUGUUUCAUCAAUACCAAGUUUGAAAAAUUACCAACCAAUUGAAUCACCAGUUACACCUGGAUUAUCAAGUCCUCAAGGUAACCAGUUUAAUCAAUUGGUGGGUUUGUCCAAUAGUUUAAAUAUUUAUAACAAUAAUAUUAAUGACAGUAGUUAUAAUGUAAAUACUAACACAGGUAACAACAGUACCAUGAACUCAAAUCAACAACAACAACAACGUCAAUCAUUACAAUUAACUUUACCCCGACCUCCACCAGAGCCCCCACAGCGGAUUUAUUAUGGAUUAAACAACUUUGAUGAUCUCAAACAAAUCCGUCGUAAUAGUAUAACCUCCCUAUUUGAUGAUCCACCAACACCCAAUUUUUAUGGUGAUGAAGAUUCAGCUUACGAUUCAACCAGUAAUGAAUCUCUGCGAUUAACAGUUAAAGAGUUAUCGAAACGAUCAAAUAGUAAAAAAUAUUUCACUCUACCAACCAAAUUGGGACGAAGAUUAAGAAAAUCAAGUUGCCCUGAAUUUAAUAAAGAUCAUCAUCAAAAUAAUAUCAACAACAACAAUCAAGGUAAUAAUAAUAAUACUGGAACUCUCAGUUCAACACCGAGUCCUGUAUCGGAUUGUUCACCAUCGCCUAAAUUGAUCUUUAACGGACCAACCUUUCCUCCUUCUGUAUCAUCAUCUAAACCAACUUUAUUAACCUCCUCCUCAAUAUCCUCAUCAUCUUCAUCACCAACAUCCUCAAUUUCCCCACCAUCAAUAGUAUCAUCAUCAUUAUCAUCUUCUCCUUCUUCCUCUUCAACAUCUGACGUCUCAGUGUCAUCAACAGUUUUACCACCAUCAUCAUCAUCAUCAUCAGCAUCUCUGGUAACCGAAAUGUCUUAUUCAUCUCCACAGCAACUACUUCAUAAUCAUCAUGUUGAAAAUUGUGUUAACAAUCAAAAUAAUUAUCAACCAUCAUCAUCAUCAACAUCAACACCAACAAGUGAAACAAUUAAUUCAUCAACACCAAUAAUACCAUCACCAAGUGCCAAUGAAAAUGUCUGCCACUGUUGUUAUCUACUUGGUUGUCAUACUAAUCAAAAUUCAACCAUAACUCAAUCAAAUACUGCCCAUUAUCAACAACAUGGCCGAGUUAAUCCUGGUGGAGUCGGAAUUAAUAAUACCAAUAAUAUUCCAUCAACAGGUCAACCGUCAACCUUGGAAACACUUUGGGAGGAACCAUCUUCCGGUCAUGAGUCCGUGCGGUUGACUGAGGAAGCAAUUUAUGCUGCGAUGAGAGAGCUGAACAUUUCAUUACCCUCAAAAGAUUCAGUGAAUGGUCAAGCAAAUAGAAAUGGUAAUUCGUCAAGUUGGUUACGAGCUAAUUUUCUGAAAGCUUUUCGACGAUCAUCAUCAUCCAAAAAUCGAUCAUCAAAACUAAUUUCAAACAAUUCUUCAAGUAAUAAUAACAAUAAUAGUAACAAUUCUGGUUCUAAUCAGGAUUAUCGAGAAAAAGAUUCAAUUGAUUCUAGAAGAGGAUCUUUAAUAAUGAGCCAAGAUAAUCAGAAUAAUUAUCCUUCCCACCUUCAUCAUCAUCAUCAUCAUCAACAGCAUGAUAACCAUCAUACUCAUCAACAAUCAUCAUCAUCAUGCUAUUCUGAUGAAAUCUCAAGUAAACGAACCUCAUCAGGUCCAUCAGUUGCUUCAUCUUUAGUAUCCUUGCCACUUUCCUGCUCCUCUUCAGUUCCUCCUACACCACCUUUAACACCUCUACCCUCUUACCAUUCAUACCAGCAUCAUAAUCAUCAACAGCAACAACAACAUCAACACCAAUCACAAUUACAAUUACAAAUUCAUGAUAAUCAGCAACAUUCAACUCUGACAACUUCUCAUAUUGGAACUGAAGAAGAUGUUAUAAAAGAGUUGAAUAGACAAUUGGCAGAAAAAGAUCAACUUCUCCAAGAAGUUUGCAUGGAAUCAAUUAAUCAUUUGAAUACAAUUGAAAGUCUGAAAGAAUUGGUAGCCCAAUUAAGACAAGAAAUUGAUUCGUUGAACAAUCAAAAUGAUCAACAAAAUGCCAAAUAUUCAACCAAUUCUAUGGAUAAAUUGCCAACAGAUUACAAUGAAUAUCGAUCAAAUCAAAUGCAAGUUAAUCAAUUAACUAACCGUAACUGUGCCUGAUUAAAGUUAAUUAAAUCAACGAACCUGAAUUGAAAGAUACGAAAUACAAUUAACAAUCAACCAAAGGAAAUGAUAAAAAAAACUUAUUUGUAUUUGAAUUUAAUACAAUUUUCUUUAAUGAAACAAUUUACUAAUUAUUAUUACGAUUGAUUAUUAUUAUUACAAUUUAUAUACAUUUUGUUUUCUCUUUUGAAUUUUAAUUUCAAUCUAUUUCUGUAAAUGAUUCUGCUUAUUAUUAUUAUAUUGUACUAUCAAUUAACUAAAUCAAAUCAGUCGUUUUGAUUACUGCAACGAAAAUGUGAAUUAUCAAUGUAAUUGUAAUGACAAUUAAUCUGAAAAAAACCUUUGGACAAAUGUUUUAAUUAAGGUUAACAUCGUAAUUGUUAUUUACCAUUGUGUAAAUAUUAAGAUUGACUAGAUGGAAAGACAAUUAAUUACCAAUGUAGUUGUAAACAUUUACAACUAAUUUAAAUCUAAAACGACCAAACAAUCAAUUAACCUACUAAUAUGAUGAUGUAAACAAUUAAAUGAUAAAUAUCAACACAAUAAACUAAUAAAAUUGUUGUUUAAUGAUCA